AAUGAAAGUAUAUGUGAUUCGAGAUGUGUGUGUGUGUGUGUGUGUGUGGGGGGAGGGGAUCAGUGAGUGAUUACUGCGUGAUGUGUAAGAAUGCUCUCGUGUGAAUGUGUGAAUGUCUUGCCGAUGAGGAGCCACUGUUGAAUAUGAUCUCACGAUCUUUUCUCUCUUUACAGCCGAGAGGACCUGAGAGAAUGUUCCCUUGCGAGAGAAUUUGUGACCCACCAAGGCUGGUGGGCGCGAGAGGGUAUUAGCCAUGCUAACGCGGGAAGAGAAGUGCUAGUCGCUCCUUUUGACGCUAUUUGGCUCCUUGUUUCCUGCCUCGCUGCCUGCGUAUGUUCGGCGGAUGUUCCGGUGGGAUCCCAGUGAUCGGAAUUAGUUUCCAUACCGGUUGAGGAGACAUCUUCUGUUGGAGCUCCUGUAAUGGGAAGCGGAUCUCGAGAUGCUUCCCUGGUGUAGGUGAUCGAUUGAGACGCUGUGAUGAAGACUGUGUGGUUGUCCGCCGUGAAUUUCUCCGUGGAGGAGGUCCUUCUUUUUUUAGAAACGGCCGAGGAAGAUGAUGAGAAAGCCGAGGAGGCGCUAGAGCUUGAUACCGAUAAGGCCGAUGAGGAAGAGGAAGCGGACGACGAUGACGAUGUCGAAGAUGAAGACAAAGACGAUGACGAUGAAGCAGACGGCGACGUCGUUCGCCUUCGUUUUCCUGGUCGCAUCGGCCGGCUGGGCCGACGGAUCGUAGGGUUCCAGUCGCUCGGAUACGUUGUGACUUCCUGGGAUACGAUGUUUUGGUCCUCGUUUCUUCCGUAAUCGAAAAGAGUCCCGAGAGCGGACCUUGCGAUCGAAAGGAGUGGCCCUUGUGGUCGAAAAAAGAAGACCUUGCGAUCGAAAGAAGCGGACCUUG